AUGGGAGGAAAGUAUUUAUAUCCCAGUGGUGGUGCCAGAGUUGCACCAAGGGGAGAUAUCCCACAACCACAACCACAACUACAACCACAACAGACACCCACAUACACCCCACUCGCACCCGUCCCUCUCCCAGUACCCACUAUAUCCGACAUAUCACCCUUCCUCCCCCCAUCCCAACCAUCCGGUGACACGGAUCCCAAUAACAACGUUAACACAUUAAAUGGCUCGACUACGAGUCUUGGUUUACCCAGCGGCGAUCCCAAUGCGACUUCACCCACCGAUAGCGAUAGGUCUUCGCCAUCUGCUUCAUCUAGUUUUGACGGAUCAUCGAGUUCUGGAUUCGACAAUUCACAAUCUCACAAUCCGUCCCCGUCCUCGGGUGUAUCCCCGUCGUCGAUCCAAGCGUCCUCGUCUACCCCGUCGCCGCACCUCCGGCUGGUCUACUUUAUACCGGCGAUGGUGAUUGCGGUUGUGAUACUGCUCAUACUCGUUAUUUGGGCUGUACAGGGGUGUUGUGCGCGGAGGCAUAAACAUAAACGUAAACAUGAGCGACGAGGCGGGGAUGGGGUGUUUGGACCGCGGUAUGAUGGGGGUGAUGGGGGUGGUGGGGGAGGGAGGGAUGUGGAGAAAGGAGGAGGAGAGGGGUUCAGACGAGGGGUGUAUGGGGAAGGCGGGGAUGAUGAUAGAGAAGGUGGGGGAGGAGGGGAAAGCAACACCCAUUUCUAUUCACCUGUUAUAGCAGAACCGAGUUGGAGCGACGAUCCGAGGUUGAAUCGGUUCUUUGUGGGCGCGAGGAGUCCGUAUGUGGGAGCUGGAGGGGGUGUGGUGUAUCAUAAUCAUAUCUUGGCUUCGCAAAAAGCUGGCGCUGGGUACAGUGAUGACGAUGGUGGUGGUGGUGGACACGGUGCCGGUGCUGGUGGAGGUUAUGGAGGAGGUGGGAUAGCCCACCAGUGGAAGAGUCCGACGAUGUCGAUCCAUCAGCGGAUGGAGAUGGGGGUGGAUGCGGGGACUGGGUUGCAACCUGGGAUGUUCACGCAUAGUUCGAAGAUUUCGUUGGUGGCGCUUGGGCUUGGACCUGAUGGACGUCGUCCGCACGACGAAGGCGAUGAUGGAGAGGACGAUAGGAUGGGGAAGAGAUAUGCAGAGGAGAGGGGAUACGCGGAUGAAAGGCCCAUCGGUCAUCGACGCGAUGGAGCGGAAACUGGCUACCACACGAACCAUAAUUCUGCCCACUCGGAUGAUGAAGAACAUUCACCGUCUGACGACUCGGACCAUCCUGAUUCUGACUCUGACUCGGACUCGGAUGUCCCAUGGGAAACACUCCGCCAUGAGAGUAUUAAGCGCGGGAUUAUGGACCAAGUGCAGCAUGAGAAGAAUUGGAUGGAUUCGUUGAGGGCUGUUGCUGGGAGUGUGUUUGUGAACCAGGGGUUGGAGGGGGAUGAUAGAGGUCGGGGAAAGGGUGGAGGGGGGAGUAGGAAUAAAGGUAGUAGGAGAGGAAGCCGAAGACGCGGUGUUACAUUGCGCGACGAGGGCCCUGUCCCUCUUCCGCCCCCAAUCUCACCGCCGCCGCUGGCUAGCCGACGCACCUCCUCGCGUUCCUCGGAGGCCUGGAUCGAGGAGGGAGCGAAGAAGAGGCGGCUUGGGUUUGGUGCCUCGUCGUUGAUGGCUGUUUCUAGUGGGUUGGCGAAGAGGACGAGGGAGUUUUCGAGUGGGUUUUAUCGGCGUGGGGGUGGGGGUGGGGAAGUUGGUGGGGAAGAAUCGGAUGUGGGUGAGAGUGAGAGGUAUUCGAGGGCGUGGAGUCCGGAGAGUGGGUUCAAGAUUGUUGAAGAGUCGCCUUUGACCUCGCCUCUGAACUCGAUUGUGCACACUCCGAUCCGUUCGAAUCCCAAUACGCCGAUCCGUUCGAACCCCAAUACGCCCAACCCCGUCCGGCAUUCGCUUGACAUCCAUUCGCCGAUACUUCAUACGAACUUUGCGACGCCGGUGCAUGGAUCAGAGUCGCAAGUGAGGGUGUCGUUUCUGCCCCUCAGUCCGGCGCAGAUUAUGAGCCCGCCGUUGGAGGGGGAGUUGUGUUUUUCGCCGCCGCUGGGGUUGGUUAGGACGCUGGAGGGGUUGAGGGGCGUGCGUGUUGUGGAAGGCGAAGGUGGGUUGCAGGGUGACGAAGUGGAUAUUGAUGGGCCGUUGCCUGAUCCUCGAGGGAGUAGUGGUGGUGGUCGUGCCAUGCCACUUGGUGGAGGAACUGCAACGCAGACGGAGGCGUCGGAUGUUGUGAAGCUUGAUAAACCUAGGAAUAGGUUGUUCAAGAAGGGGUCGAUGUUGAUGGGGUUUAGGUAUGAGAGACUUCCUGGGGGGAAUGUAGGUGGGUUGUAA